GUGAAAUUACAAAAAGGACUUUUCCAGGGCUGUUGUACUAAUGUUCCAGCCAUUUAUUUACUUGACGGUGACCACAUGCAGCAUAUCCUCGAGCCUGGUUCAGAAGGAUCAAGUUUUUUACAUGUAAUUUUUUUGUAUAAUACUAAUCUUUGAGCCUCGAAAAGAAGAUCAUAAAAAUUCCAUUUCCUUUGUGCACAGUUAGAAGUCUAAUUGUCCACCCGGCGAUGACUAACCUGGAGAAAAAAGGUCAAUGAUUCUUAAAAUUGUUCCCAUAUUAGGAGAAGCCAAACCUUGCACACAAGCAGGGACACUCUUAAAAGCCAGUAACUGUCAAUGUUGAUGCCAUUGCAAUAUGACAACUUGGAUGCUCUCGAACCUGAACGUUGAUGUUUUUGAAAGGAAUCAGUAGUCUCCGGUCCCACUCAAGCCCUACCAAGACUUCUGCCUACCACAAAAUUAUCAAACUACUUUUCAUGCUCACUAUUAUACUGCCACGUGUCGUCCCAUGAAUUCAGCCUGCAAUAUGAACCCCUCAAGUCCAGUGACCGGCCUCAAAAUGUUAUAGUGUGCUUCAAUAGGAAAACAGAGUAACCAAAAAGAAAUGUUAAAGGAAAAGAGUAGAGGAGUACAUGGUGGCAACACCAGCAGCCAUUGGGCCCGGAUUUGUGACACUUGCCAAUCAGCAGUCUGCACCAUGUAUUGCAGGGCUGACUCGGCGUACCUCUGCACUGGCUGCGACUCUCGCAUCCACAGAACCAGUCUUGAGGCCUCGCGCCAUCAGCGCAUGUGGGUGUGUGAGGCCUGUGAACGUGCUCCAGCAGCCUUCCUAAGUAAGGCUGAUGCUGCGUCCCUAUGUACAACCUGUGACUCGGACAUCCACUCAGCCAACCCUUUGGCACGGCGCCAUCAACGUGCCCCAAUUUUGCCGAUUCCCGGAAUGCUCUAUGGUACUCCGUCAGCCACUUACCCCAGUGGAUUAGUAAUGGGGCCUACUGGGGUUGCAGCCAAGAUUGAGUUCUUGAUUCAAGACGAAGAUCAAACUAUACAUGAAGAAGAAGAUGAAGACGAGGCAGCUUCAUGGCUUUUGUUCAACCAUGUUAAGAAUAUUUGCAACCAAAGUAACAACAUUGGACGGUUCUUUGGCGGAGAGGUUGACGAGUAUUUGGACCUUGACGAGUAUAAUUCAUAUCAGGACAACCAGUUCAGUAAUCAGGACAACAAUCAACUGCAACCUUACGAUGUUUCUCAAAAGAGCUAUGGCAGUGACAAUGUUGUGCCAAUCCAAAAGAGUAAGGAUCAGAUUUACAACCAUAGUUUUCAGUUGGGAAGGGAGUACGAGGCCUCGAAAAAUGUUUAUGAUAAUCCCGCUUCAAUUUCUCACACUGUAUCAUUUUCAUCUUUAGAUGUUGGAGUUGUUCCAGAAUCCACAACUAGUGAGGUUUCGGUCUCCCACCCAAGACCUCCAAAGGGGACCAUUGAUCUCUUCUCUAGCCCUCCUAUCCCAAUGCCAACACAACUUUCUCCAACGGACAGAGAAGCCAGAGUGUUAAGGUACAGAGAGAAGAAGAAGGCGAGGAAGUUUGAGAAGACCAUCAGGUAUGCAUCAAGGAAGGCCUAUGCAGAAACCAGACCUAGGAUCAAAGGUCGAUUUGCAAAAAGAACAGAUGUAAGAGCCAACCAGAUGUUCUCAUCAACGCUAAUAGAAGAAGGUGGCUAUGGAAUCGUCCCAUCAUUCUGAUCUGAUCCCAGCAAGAAAAGGUUUAAGAGAAUUAAAAAACGAAUCAUCUCAAAUUUGUACCAAUCAUUUCAAAAGCCAUUACCAAUGAUUCUCUUAGUAAUUCCUGUUUAUAAUUUAGGUAUCAUCUUGUUCAAAUCUCUGCCUUGUUGUAAAUCCAUGUACUUGUGCACUUACACCGGUACCAAUCCUUUGUUUACAUUGUUUAAUGAACACAUGCAUAUAUGUAAAUUAUCGAUCCUUUUAGCCUAA